AUGUGGCUUCAGAAAUGGGUCCUUUUACCUGCUCUGCCAUUUCAUCUUCAUGCUUGGCAUUAUCUUAAGCAAAUUGUUAGUAACGUCGGAACCCCUUUGGAACUAGAUAUGGCUACAAAAAACAGAAAUAGGCCAAGCAUGGCCAAAAUCCGUGUCAAAAUUGACCUACUCAAACCUCAACCAGAUCAGGUAUGGUUUGGUAUUGAGAAAGAAAACUCCCAUCUGAAGGGAUUCUACCAGAAACUAGAGUACGAGGGCAUCCCCAAAUACUGUAGACAUUGUAGGAAAUUAGGACAUAUGAUGGUUGAUUGUCGCGUGUUGGAAAAGAAGAAGGCUGCCGAGGCUAAGAAAAUUGAGAACGACAAUGCUACAAUUCAGAUUCAAGAGAGCAAUCCUGAAGAGAAUAGAAAUAAGAUUGAUGUGCCAGAAAAGGUUGAGAACAAAAAUGGGAACAAGAAGAAUGACAAAGCUACCACCAAUGCAACCCAAAAUAGAAGAGAUGGCACAGAUAAGGUGGCAAAAAACAAUUAUCAAGUUGGCAAGGGAGAGGAUAACGCUAAGUCUAGUAAGAAGGCCAACAACAAGAAAAUGCCCAAUAAAAAACCUAGUAUGUUACUAAAUAUCAUUCAAUCUACCAAGAGAAAGAAGCAAAGGAAGAAAGAAAAGAAAGCCAAAGAAUCCAGUAACUCUACAGAGGAGCGGAUGACUAACAUGAACAACAAUGUUUCAUCCCAGCCAUCUGCCCCUAAUAUUGGCAUAGAACUUCCUGAUACUCAACAGGUUGAUGAGGGGUUGAGUUUGAAUGCUCAAUACCAGCAACUUGAAAAAAUAGCUCAGAGCAGUCCUGAUAAAGUCGAUCAACUCGCCAACAACAAUGACAACAUCAUUUUCCAUAACAAUAACCAGCAAAAUAUGCAGCCUCAUUUGUACAAUCUGGAUAAGGAAACUCUUAGUAUUCUCCUAGAGAUUAGGGCUCUUCCAGGUAUAAAAUUGACUGUUGAUCUAAAUACUGGCCCCGAUAAUCUUUAUGAUGAGGAAACAAACCAGGAACAAAAAGAAAAUGGCGAAGCUAAGAAGCAGCAACAUUCAGAGGACAAGGAAAACAACAAUGUGCACCAACAGAUAGAGGUCUCCUCCCCGAAUAGAAUCACGGUUAUGAUACCUAAGGACCAGCUUCAAACUGAAACGGUGGAGACCAACAACAAUGAUGGAUUCUCUCCAGCAAGGAACACCAAAAACAAAAUCAAGAAAAACAACAAGAAGGACAAAGACAACACUUACUCCCGAAAUAAGAGGAGAAACAAAAAUUGA